AUGGGGAAUUGUAUGAGGCGGCAAAAGGCAUCUCGGGUUAAUGAUAAUGAUGAUGACUGGGGAUCUUUGGUGUCCAUUUACAGGGAAAGGGAAGGGGUUACGAGCACGGCGGAGAAGGAGAGGUUGCUGAGGGAUGCAAACACGUCUACUAGAGAGAUGAAGAUAACUAUUUCGAAGAAGGAGCUGGAGCUAUUGGCGCAGCAGGUGGAAAUGCAAGGCUUGACACUUGAACAAGCCCUGGCCAAUUUGGUUAACGGCCACGACGGGGAUUUUUACGAGGCGGAGCAGCCUCGGCCGUGGAAGCCGGUGUUACAAAGCAUUCCCGAGCAUCAUUUCCCAGUUCUUGCUGCUGAUGCUGUUGAGGUUGUUAAUAGUUUCCGUACCCAAUAUCUUCCAUAG